AUGAUAUUUUCCAUAGAAAACAUUGGAAAGGGAACUCAUUCGCCUCCAUGUUUUAAGGGUAUGGCUGCCCUGAAGAAGUUCUUCAUCAAGCAGAAGCUUGCUAAAAAGCAAAAGCAGAACAGGCCAAUGCCCCAGUGGGCACGAAUGAAGACAGGAAACACGAUGAAGUACAACGCAAAGAGACGCCACUGGAGACGUACUAAGCUGAAGCUGUAG